CCUGUGCCCAAUGCCCCGCUCCACAUUUUUUCUUGAAAUUUGACUGUGUCUCAUUCAUGCUCCAAGCUUUCUGAUCCUCCUGUCCAAUGUCUCGCCCUCGUUCCCUCCUCCUGAUUGUGUGGCUUCUUCUUGCUUUCAGCGGUACUUCCCGAGCUCAAGUUGAACGUGACGAUGAUUUGGCCGCUGUCAAAUUGGAUUUAAGCCUCAAGUUCGAGAACGGGAGGCUCAGGAAAGCCUACAUUGCCCUGCAAGCAUGGAAACAGGCCAUCUUCUCUGACCCAUUCAACUUCACUGCCAACUGGCACGGCCCCAAUGUCUGCUCCUACAAGGGUGUCUUCUGCGCUCCCUCUCCAUCCAAUUCUUCCCUCCGAGUGGUAGCCGGUAUCGAUCUUAACCAUGCCGACAUUGCUGGAUUCUUGCCUCGGGAGCUUGGCCUCUUGAGGCAUCUUGCUCUCUUCCACCUCAACUCCAACCGCUUCUGCGGUAGCGUGCCCUCCACCUUCCGCCACAUGAAGCUGCUGUGGGAGCUUGACCUCAGCAACAACCGCUUCGUCGGCCAGUUCCCAGAGGUGGUUCUGAGGUUGCCGUCCCUCAAGUACUUGGAUCUCCGAUUCAAUGAGUUCGAGGGUGGUGUGCCUUCCAAGCUCUUUGACAAAGAUCUGGACGCCAUCUUCCUCAAUGACAACAGGCUCCGAUUCAGCAUCCCACAGAACCUGGGCAAGUCGCCAGUGUCCGUGCUGGUGCUGGCGAACAACGACCUUGGGGGAUGCAUUCCCAGUAGCAUUGGGGAGAUGGGCAAGACCCUGAACGAGAUCAUCCUGCUGAAUGACAACCUCACCGGAUGCCUUCCUCCACCGGUGAAAUUGCUGAAGCAAAUCACCGUCUUCGACGUGAGCUUCAACCGUCUCCAAGGACCACUCCCCUCUGGCAUUGGAGCAAUGAAGACGCUGGAGCAGCUCAAUAUCGCCCACAAUGUCUUCACUGGGGUCAUACUGAGCAGCGUGUGUCGACUGCCCAUGCUGCAAAAUUUCACAUACUCUUUCAACUAUUUCAAUGGGGAAGCCCCAACUUGUUCUAGUGCUCGAAUUAGAACACUAGAUGGACGACAAAAUUGUAUUCCUAGAAAGACAGACCAGAGAUCUUCAAGAGAGUGCUCCUCUGCGGCUGCACGCCCAGUGAAGUGCAGCCAGUUGAAAUGCUCUGAUCGGUCCGCUUCAUCUCCAGAGUCGAGAAUUAGAAAGCCUUCCCCACCACCACCUGCUCGAACCCGCUCGCCUCGCCCUUCCAUUGGCCCUUCACCCCCACCCCCAACCUCAAAGUCUUCUCCUUCCACAAGAUCGCACCAGCCUCCGCCACCCCCCACAGAGAAAGUUUUACCUCUUACCCAUCUUCACCCACCACCACCGUCGCCACUCAUGGUUCCUUCAAGUCCACCUCAUGCUCAGGCUCAGGGUCCACCAUCCUUCACCCCACUGCCUCCACCUCCAGAAGAAAAGGUGUCACCGAGCAAACAUCUUGUGCCGCCUCCACCAAAAUCAGAGUCUGCGCCUUCUGAAGAGUACUCUCCUCCCCCUCCUCCUCCUCCUCCUCCUCCCCCCUCCUCCACCUUCCCCUCCCCACAAGCACUUAACAACUCCCGAUCAAUUCCCCCGGUACAAUCACCAAGCCCUGCGGUUGCUGCACCAUCAGCAACCUUCACACCACCGCCCCCACCUCCAGCAGAAAAGGUUUCACCGAGCAAAUAUCCUGUGCCACCCCCACCAAAAUCAGAGUAUGCGCCUCCUGAAGAGUACUCUCCUCCUCCACCCUACAAGCACUUAACAACUCCCACUCCAAACACACCUCUCCUUGCCCUCUCGCCAAUUCAUGUUACUUAUCCCCCACCUCCACGCCCUACACAACACCAGUACUCAACACCGCCACCACCGUUGCCGCAGCACGAGUAUUCAACAACACCCCAGCCUCCACCCUCCCCAAGACAACAUGAGCAUUUGGCACCGCCACCAAUUGCUGCAUCAGUUCCUCCGCCCAAACCAUCAGAACAAGAUUGCAUCGAUAUUCCAGGAUUAAUGCCCCCUGUGCAAUCACGUAGCCCCACGGCUGCUGCACCAUUAGCAACCCCUACAGAGCAUUACUACGCACCUCCAAAUGAGACUCAGCGUGGCCAAGCUCCUCCACCCCCCACGCCCUCAUCUGACCUCAGUGUACCUCUUCCACCAAUCCCAGGAGCUCCAUAUGCAUCUUCGCCACCGCCUAUGAUCCCUUACUACUGAUCCCAAAGAGUCAUUUGUCCUCUUGCAAUUAUAGACAGUAGUCGGUGAGGGGACCAUCCGGGUCUGAAGGGCUUAUUGUAUUUGAUUAAUUGAUUUACUGUUUAUAUCUCUGAUUAUUCUAUCCAAGACAUUUCUAUGUGUGUCUGUUUUGGCUGCU